UUUCCAGUAAAAGUUCGCAAAGUUUUCUGCAAUUAAAAAUAGCGUGGAAUUUCCGUGACUAAAAAGUCUAAAAUCUAAAGGCAAUUAUCAGCACUCAAAACUUCAAAACUCUUUCAGAAAAAAUAGAGCAAAAACAUCCAUGGAAGAAAACAAAAUUACCAACAUCAUUAAAGAAACUCCUUUAUUAGAGUGGCCUCAACAAGCAUGGACUAAUUUACAAUUAGUUCGUCAAAACUCACCAUUAAUUCAAUGCAUAACAAACUUUGUUUCAAUGGAUUUUAUGGCAAACACUCUUUUAUCAGCAGGUGCAUCACCAGCAAUGAUACACUCCAUUGAUGAAAUCCCUGAAUUUACACCAAAAACCCUUGGAGUUUGUAUAAAUGCUGGAACACUCACACCUGACUGGUUACGUGGUAUGAUGUUGGCUGCACAGGUUGCUAACCAGUUUAAGAUUCCUUGGGUGCUUGAUCCUGUUGCUGCUGGUGGAUCAAGUUUCCGGUUAAACGCGUGUUUGGACCUACUUGCUUUAAGGCCUAGUGUUGUUAGAGGCAAUGGGUCUGAGAUUCUUGCUCUUUUUAAGGGUUCUGUUGACUCAAAUUCUAAGGGUGUGGAUAGUGUACACGGUUCAAGCGAUGCUGUUGAAGCCGCAAAAUACCUUGCUCAACAACUUGGUAGUGUAGUUGCUGUUUCUGGAGCUGUUGAUUUUGUCACCGAUGGUGAUAGGGUCGUCUGUGUGCAUAAUGGGGUGCCUAUGUUGCAAAAAAUUACUGCAUCUGGAUGUUCCGUCACUGCUCUCAUUACUGCCUUUGUCGCAGUUGAUCCGUCUCAUGCAGUUGAAGCGACAGCUUCUGCAUUGGCUAUCUUUGGUGUCGCCAGUGAGAUAGGGAUGGACAUGGCUAAAGGUCCAGCUUCACUGCGGACACAAUUGAUUGAUUCAUUAUAUGGACUUGAUGAAGCUACUGCACUUGGUCGAGUAAGAAUCAGCCACUUCUAAUGCUUAGAGGAGAAAUUAAGGUGUCAUUGUCUAUUAGACCAAAUGUGAAGUUUUGUAGCAUCAAGUAUAUGUCGAAUAGUCACUUCAUGUUUUUACUUGUUAGAUUUUUUACAUACUUUAACCCGUAAU